AUGCCCGUCGGAGCAUGCGUCGCCAUUUCCGCCAUCAUCGCCCGCACUCUCACGAUCCCCAUCACCGUUGCUGCCCUCUUUGUCCUUGCCAUCUUCUUCAGAGUUUGUGGCUUCGUUGACAGGGCCGCCACAAUCCCUAAUUCCCAUGCCGCAGAUACCUCGUCCUUCGCUAUCAAACGUGAUGAACACCUCAGGAUAUGCAUCUUCCAAUUUUGA